AUGGCGAACACUGGCGCCCCUCCAAACUACUACAAGAUCCUUGAGAUCUCGGAGGCGGCUACGACCCAGCAAGUUCGCGAUGCAUACAAGAAAGCCGCCUUGAAGACACACCCAGACAGGGUCCCCGCCGACUCACCCGAGCGAGCAACGCGCACCCGCAAGUUCCAGCUCGUCAACGACGCAUAUUACACCUUGUCCGACACGCAAAGACGCCGAGAAUACGACGCCCAGCGAAAGAUCUUUGGCGCAUCCGCCGGUACAACAUACGGCGACUUUUCCGACGACGACGACUCCGACCCAGAGGAAGUACCCCCGCAGGCCGGCCCCAACCCGCAAAAUGCCUACUCGUGGGCAUGGAACUUCUUCACAGGCGGGAAGCAGGGUCAACAGAACGAGGGCCAGCGCGCGCAGGCCGACAACGCACAGUUCGGCGAUGUAUUCGAGGAGAUGUUGCGCGAGGAGGGCAUGGCCGAGGAGGGUACCAACCGCCCGACGAGCUCGUUCUGGAGCAUGGUAGGCGGUCUUAGUGGUGGCGCGCUGGGCUUCAUCGUCGGAAACAUGCCUGGCGCGCUGGCGGGUGCUGUGGCUGGAAACAGGCUUGGCUCUGUUCGAGAUGCGAAGGGCAAGAGUGUCUAUGCCGUUUUCCAGGACCUCCCCCAGGCAGAUCGCGCGAGGCUGCUUACCCAGUUGGCUGCCAAGGUGUUCAGCCAUACUGUAGGAGCUUAG